GUCGUGUCUUUGUUUACAUCACACAGUUCCUUAUAUUAAUUUACUCUUUGCACAGCUCUCUCUUCGUUUAUCUACUUUCUGCAUUUUCCAGAGAAUUUCCUCCUUCUCAUUGGUUUUCAUAACGUUUUAAAUUUAUUAUAUAAACCGACAGAAAGUUUUAAGAGGAUAUCACUACGUGAAAAAGAUUUACUUUUUGUCUUGUAACUCGCAACACAAAAUUUCAACAUAAAACUACAGUCUGAUAAUGACACAAAUUCAAAUGGGAAGACACAAAGAAUGGCGUAAAAUAGCUAAAAGAGAAAGAAGGCGCAGAAUAAGGACCCAAAUUGCUAAAAACAGAGAUGAUAUGAUCAAUUCAAGCAAAGAAUAUGAAAUAUGGUUAAGGGAACAAGAAAUAAUGGAGUCUUUGGAAUAUGAACAAAUUGAAAGUACUAAUUUACUGGAAAAUGAAAAAUGGAAGAAAGCAGAAAUAAUUGCCAAAGAGCAAUGGAAUAAACUUAAAGAAAUAAAAGAAGUAUUACUUCAAAAACGCAUGGAGCAAGAAGCACGGAUAAAAUUGGAAUUUGAAUUAGAACAAAAGAGAAAAAAAGAACAAGAAGAACAUUUGAAGAAAAUUGAAGAAGAAAAUAAGAAAAAACAAGAAAUAUUUAUGAAGCACCUUCAAGAUUUCUUAUUGGGCGAUUCUACCAAGCCUCCAGUAGAAUUACUAGUUUGUUCAGAGACAAGACCAAACACUGAAAUGUGUCCAUUCUUUUUGAAAACUGCUUGUUGUAGAUUUGGGGAUCACUGUUCAAGAAAUCAUAAAUACCCUGGUGUCAGUUCUAUUCUGUUGGCAAAAAAUUUUUAUGACCACUUUGGACUCAGUAAUUCAAACUUCAAUGAAUAUGAUACGGACCUGAUGCUUGAAUAUGAAGAUAAUGAAACUUACAAAGAGUUUAAGGAUUUCUUUUUAGAUGUCUUACCUGAAUUCGAAAAAUUUGGCAGAGUCAUACAAUUUGUGGUGUGUAAUAACCACGAGCGGCAUCUACGCGGCAAUACUUAUAUAGAAUUUGAAGAACUUCGAUGCGCGGUGGCGGCGUACCAGGCAUUGCACACUCGCUGGUACGGCGGCAGGCAGCUGUCUUUACAGUUUUGCAAUGUUAUCUCUUGGAAAAAAGCCAUAUGUGGUCUUCACAUCAAAAAACGGUGUCCUAAAGGACGUGCAUGUAACUUUUUGCAUGUAUUUCGUAAUCCAAACAAUUUGUUUGCCUACAAUAUCGACUCAAAGAGAGAAUACCAAAUUACUCCACGAUCCUGGCGUUGGUCCGAAUCACCAGAGAAUGAAAUAUUCACUUCUCAAAAUUGCAAUUAUAGUAAGAAAAGCAAUGAAGAUAAAAAAAGAGAAUGUACCCACAAAAAGUCUUCCAGAAAACGAAGUGAUCGCAGCACUCGCAGGAAAAGUUCCGAAAGACGAUGACACAAUUAACGAAUAUGCAAACAAGAAUAAACUUUCAUUUUCAACAUUGA